CUGUCAUGGCGGAGACGGUGUGGAGCACUGACACCGGGGAGGCUGUGUACCGCUCCCGGGAUCCCGUGCGCAAUUUGCGCCUCCGAGUUCACCUGCAAAGAAUCACAUCAAGCAGUUUCUUCCGUUACCAGCCUGCUGCUCAGCCGGGGAAGGACCUCAUAGACUUGGCCACUUUUAGGCCUCACCCAGCCUCCAGUGGGUGUAUGGUGGCGAUAUGGCCCCUUGGAGAUACGAGGAAGGGCCUGGGGUGGUAAACUCUUAAGCCAGAGUAGACCCAGGUGGACACCACUCAGAUGAAGAUGAAGAGGAAGAGGUAGUGGUUGGAUGGCAGGAGAAGCUCUUUAGCCAGUUAUAGGAACAAAAGGUUGACAUAUUCUCAGGAGAUGUCUGCAUCCUUGUGGCCUUAGUUUGAAGUAGAUCUGUACCAAAACGAAGCAGCCUGUCAGAGCCCCUUGGAUCAUCAGUACCGUCAAGAGAUCCUGAAACUGAAGGAUUCGGGAGACAGAAAGAACCAACGGAUUUUUACCUACACUGACUCUGACAGAUACACCAAUUUGGAGGAGCACUGUCAGAAAAUGACCACCGCAGCCAGUGAGGUGCCAUCAUUCUUGGUCGAGAGAAUGGCAAAUGUCAGGCGGCGACGGCAGGACAGGAGAGGGACACUUGAGCUUCCCAUUCUGUAAUAGGCCUCCACCUGGGUGUGCGCCCCUGUGUCCCUCCUUCAGGCUCUUCAGGGGAUGCCAGGGAAGUGACCCUUCCUGUUGUGGCUCCCAGGGAGGGCAGCAUCCUCAAGUCACGAAUUGUCACCUGGAAACCCUCAGAAGAAUUUGUCAGAAACAAUCAUGUCAUCAAUACCCCUCUUCAGACAAUGUACAUCAUGGCCGACCUGGGGCCAUAUGGAAAGUGGGACCAGCGAUUCUGAACCUUGCUGUUGAUGUCCUGGUUUCUAGGCUCGGCUAUAAGAAGUAUGAACAUGUCCUCUGUACUCUGAAGGUGGACAGCAACGGUGUGAUCACCGUGAAGCCUGACUUCACUGGCCUCAAAGGACCCUACAGAAUUGAGACUGAGGGGGAGAAGCAGGAGCUGUGGAAGUACACAGUCGACAACGUGUCCUCCCUUGCGCAGCCGGAAGAGGAGGAGCGGGAACAGCGUGUGUUCAAGGAUCUUUAUGGUCGGCACAAGGAGUAUCUCAGCAGCCUUGUGGGCACUGACUUUGAGAUGACCGUCCCGGGUGCCCUCCGGCUCUUUGUCAAUGGAGAGGUAGUUUCAGCCCAAGGCUAUGAAUAUGACAAUCUCUACGUCCACUUCUUCGUGGAAUUGCCAACUACUAACUGGUCAAGCCCAGCAUUGCAGCAGCUUUCUGGAAUAACACAGACCUGCACCACCAAAUCCCUGGGAAUGGAUAAGGUAGGUUACUUCUCCUACCCAUUCACGUUUGAGGCCUCCUUCCUCCAUGAGGACGAAUCUGCUGAUGCUCUCCUAGAGUGGCCGGUGCUCUACUGUGAGGUCCUCUCACUGGACUUCUGGCAGAGGUGUCGUGUGGAAGGCUAUGGGGCUGUGGUGCUGCCCACCACCCCAGGCGCUCACACCCUGGCAGUCUCCACGUGGAGGCCCAUGGAGCUCGGCACUGGGGCUGAGCUGAGGAGGUUUUUCAUUGGCAGUUCUCUGGAACUCGAGGACCUCUCCUACGUGCGGAUACCAGGAACCUUCAAGGGGGAGUGUCUGAGCCGCUUUGGGCUCCGCACGGAGACCACGGGGAGUGUCACCUUCCGCUUGCACUGUCUGCAGCAGUCCAGGGCCUUCAUGGAGUCAAGUUCCCUCCGGAAAAGGAUGCGGAGUGUGUUGGACCGUCUGGAAGGAUUCAGCCAGCAGAGUUCCAUUCACAAUGUGCUGGAGGCCUUCCGUCGAGCCCGGCGCCGCAUGCAGGAGGCCCGAGAAAGCCUUCCCCAGGACCUGGUGAGCCCCUCGGGAACCAUGGUCUCCUAGCUCGCUGCAGCCCUGGCCUCUGCAUGAGGACAAGACUGGUGCUGUCUGAGUCCAGCGCCUUCCCGCCUCUUCUUUCUUACUGGAGACCACAGUGACCUGCUGAGAAGCCGAGGUCCUGUGGGACAUGGAAGGAUUUGGGGUUCCCUGGGCUGCUGCUGACGACUAGGAAGAAGAGCCAGCCUCUUCCAGGAUCCCAGUGGACAGCAUUUAUGGCAAUAAAGCAGGAGACCCUGUGGCCCCCAUAUGGCCCCCUCUUCAUAUUUCAGCUACCACUGCAAGUAGACAGUAGCUUCUUGGUUUAAAACCAGUUUGGUAUAAGUCCAUAGGUAGUUCUGCCCCAGACACAGCCUCACUCUCAGUAGGAGCAAUCUGCAGGCACCUCCUGCUUCUUAACCUACCUUCUUUCAAGAAAGAAAAAGCAAGGUGAGAGGGAUACUAAGUUCCCGGCCUGGGAGUCUCAACCUCCUCUUUCCUGGGUAACCUUGUCCUACUGCUUGGGGCUUGUUGCUUUUGAGAUACAACUUGUCCCUAGAGUAAAUGGAGACUGAAGAAGGUGCCCGGUCCUUUCUGAGAGCUGGGUGGUAGCUUUUAUUGUGUUUUUGGUACAUAAAAACUUUUUAUACUGAC